AUCACACACACACACACACAUACACAGGCACACACACACACACACACACACACACAGGCGCGCGCGCGCCAUACCGCGCUUAAGACGGGCGUCAGGCAAGUGACAAGCAGCACGCAAAAAGCUGCACACAUGCCCGGCAACAACUGGCGACAGUUAUUCUUGCUGGUCACGGCGAUAGUCGUGCCAGUAGUGAUACGAUUGGGAGGAAGCGAGCACAUAAAGAAUCCUCCUGCGUACUUUGUUAGGCUGCAAGGCAGGUUGGCGGAACAUCAGAUGGGCGCCAAAACGCCCUCGGGUCAAGCACUGGAGCGCGCGAAAUUGGGAAAGACUAUGGAACUUCUGCUCGCUCAUUUAAAAGAACUGCCAAGUUAUCUAGAUGGCGACUGUGACGCAGCUGAGGUGUCCGCUUCAGAGUAUGCUGCACAGUGUCAGCUUAUCGUAGAACCUACUUCAGGAAGUAUCGGUCAAAGUUUAACGUCGAACUCCACGACGUUUUUAUUCAUCAAAUGCUUGACAGAGUGUAAGGGCACACAAAUAGGAGUUCCUGGUCAUGUCUUUCAUGUUCUUGCUAGUGGUCCAACUCGUGUCGAGGGCGUUGUUAUGGACAUGGGGUCAGGAAUUUACUUGGUGCAACUCGAACUCACACAUCCAGGUGAAUAUACAAUCAGUGCUCACAUUCGAAUGCUGACAAAACGGUGGGUGACGAAAUGCUCUGAAGACAUGAAGUUUAAGGAUGCCGGACGAGUCUGGGUUCCGGUGAUCAACAGUCCCUUGAUUUAUCACGUAUCGGGUUCAUUACCACCAGAAUAUGAGAGCCUGCCACUCUGCACAGGCGUUGAUAAUCCUGCUCAGUGGGUCAAGGUUCACAGCAGAGAUCUUGGAACGCAUAUGAGUUCGGUAAAUUGGCAGUGGAGAGGGAUCCAUUGCCGAUAUAAGACGUACACCCCGACUGAGGCGAAAAAAUGUCUACAAAAUCGACGACUCGUCAUCAUGGGGGACAGUCACUCGCGCACUGCUUAUGUUGCAAUUGAAAACUUUCUACAUGGAACUUUGAUCAACGAUGGUAAUAAAUUUCAGUACGGGUUCUCAAACUGUAGUGGACUCGGCGUGUGUGUGGAGUUUUUAUGGCUUCCGUAUCCCGAUGAUAUUCGUUCAGGAAUUCAGGAGCGGAUUGAUAGUGGGGAAAUAAAGUGUGAUGAUGCUAUCAUCACCCAGAGCGGGCAGUGGAAUGCUGCGUACAGGUGCAUUGCUGAUGCGAAACAAGAAUACGAGGACUUGGCCGUGCUUUUGAAGGAGCUCAGUGCACAGAGAUUCGCAGCCUGGGUUAGCCCACCCGCAAGUUCAAACCACAUUGAUUCAUCUACUGAGUGGCUAAAUUUAAAGAAUUCAAGGCAGACAUCCCCAAGGAUGAAUGCAGAGGUUCGUCAAUCGACUGCAGCUAUGAAGAGAGCUGGUGUGGCAAUAAUUGACCUGAACGCCAUGACACGUCCCCGGCUAGAAACUAUUUGUGAUGGAGCGCACUUUGCGUGUGUUAACGAAGAAAGCGUUGGAAAGGUCCGGUUCGAGGGGCCUGUGAUCUUAAGUUUUUGGCAAGUGGUGAUUAAUGGCCUAUGUAACACAGCGUUGCCGCCCAGAGAGGCAGAGUGCGCAGCAAGGUAG